GGUUUUUUAAAGCCCGUCACAUGACACUGAUGUCAGUUUGGGCUGAAGCUGCGGUGAUAAAGUGUUAAAAGGCGAGCUAAAUUAACCUCUCAGCUAGCAAAUAUACACCAUACAAAGUUUAAACGUGGUGCCAGAAACGUCAGUGUUUUUGUUACCAGAACCAGAGCUUUAUCAUCUUAGUAAAUCCAGUGCGCUUGAGUAUUAUUUCACCCUUUGCUGUUGUUGUUACGCUAACGUUAGCUUAGCUAGUACAACAUCUUGCUAAGCUAGCCAGUUAGCCGCGUCUUGUUGUUUGUGUCCCUGAGAAGCAACUGGAGUGUUACCGAAGAGAGAAGCAUGACUCAGAUCGGUGCUGUUCAGUCAUGGUGGCUGGGAGUAACGUUACAGUUGAUUUUAGCUGGCGUCCUGCUCCAGGGUUAUGCUGCUGCUCAGACGACGGCUGCCCCGCACAAGGAGCCCAUGAGACCUGAGAAGGGUAUCUAUGUGGUGAACAGCAGCAACGGGACGGCCUGUUUACUGGCCUCCAUGGGUCUCCAGCUCAACAUCACCUUCAACUCCGUGUCCCAGAAUAAGACUGUGCGGAAUAUUGUGAACCUCCAGCCGAAUGUGACAAAGUCCUCUGGAUCAUGUGACGCAGACACCGCCUCCCUGCGACUCUCAACCGAUUCAGAGAAGACCAACCUCACCUUCUUCUUCUCCCUGAAUACUACGUCCAAUAAGUACCACCUGAGUAACGUGUCUCUGUCUGCAGCCUGGCCAGACAUGAAAGAGCCCGUCUCGGCUGAUAACAGCAGUCUGGACUUCCUGCGCGGCACCCUGGGGUUCUCCUACAUGUGUCGUGAGCAGCAGACUCUGACCGUGUCCCCGGAUCUGUCCAUCAACACCUUCCAGGUGCAGGUGCAGCCCUUCGGCGUCUCAGGAGAUCAGUUUGGAGCAGCUGAGGAGUGCCAGUUGGAUGAAGACGACAUGUUGAUCCCCAUCAUCGUCGGAGCGGCUCUCGCGGGUCUCGUCCUCAUCGUGCUGCUGGCGUACCUCAUCGGCCGGAAGAGGAGCCACGCCGGCUACCAGACCAUCUGAGGUCACAUGA